CGCCCUCCCAUCCAUCUGUCCAUCCACCCAUCCACCCAUCUGUCCAUCUGUAUGUUCAUCCACCUAUCCACCCAUUCAUCCAUCCAUUCAUCCAUCCAUCCAUCAGUUAUUUACUGAGUACCAACUCUAUGCAGCUCUGUGAGAGGUGCUAGGAUAGAGAAUGGAGAAGACAAUGCUUGCUUUCAUAUAAGUUUUCAGUCUUACAGGUGGGGACAGAUAAAAAUAGUCAAAAAUCAUUCAAGUGUUACAGGUGCUUUUUAUUCAUUCAUCAAAUAUUUAUUGAACUCCCACCACGUGCCACACACUGUAGGUGUUGGAGACACAGCAGUCAACAAAACAAAGUCCUUACCCUUGUGGGACUCACAUUCUAGUGGACAAAUGCACAGGUAUAAAUGCUAUGGUGAGAAUGAAGUGAGGUAAAGGGUAUACCUGUGUGAGUUUGCCCCCUUGCACGCUUGUUCAGAGAUGACUUCAGUCAAGGUGACAAUUGAGCAGAAACCUGCAGGACUGAAGGGAGUGGCACUUGCAGGUGUCUGGGGGAAAAGCAAAGCAUUCUAAGCAGAGGGAACAGCCAACACCCUGUGCUGAUGCCCUGGGCUGGGGAUGUGCUUUGAGGAGUGUGUACACAAAGCAGGGAAGGAAUCCAUUCUGCCUGGAGGGACUGGGGACACUCCUUGGAGGAGGCUGCCAAACUACCUAGCCUGACGUUCACAAUUCAGCUCAUUCUGACAUUGAUCCGUGGACUCGGCUUGAAUCAUGCCAGAACGGGGACUUCCAACCUCCUGGCCUUUGUUUCUGUGACAUUCUCUGCCAGGACUUCCCCUCUGACCCCACACCUCUGCCUGAUGACCCUCUCUAGUUUCCACUUGCCCUUCAAGGUCUGCGCCUCCUUCAGGCAGAACCACUGCCUGUGGCUCCCAUAGUGCUUUGUUUAUGCUUGCAGAGCCCAUACAUAGCAAGGGCACUUCUGGUGAGCUGUGUCUAUGCCAGUCACCUCCACCUGCUAGAGCUCCUCACUGCCUCCAGCACUUUGGUCUCCAGCACUCUGCACUGUGUGAAGCACACAGUAGGUGGUCUAAUGCAUAUCCAAAUUUCACUGGAAAGGAACCCAUUUUAUUACCAGACCACUCUAUAUAGACAUGUAGGCAGACAUACAUAAACUUUUUCUACAUAUCAGCUGCUUUUUUCCCCCUGCAGUACCUAAUGAAAGCAACAGGGUCAUGAAAUUAAUUUGUCACUCUGGUGCCAGCUUCACUCAGCUGACUCAUGGCCUGGGAUGGGAUUUUAAACAUGUGUUUCUCAUCUACGUGCUAAUUUCUCUUUUCCUUGUCGGUCAUUUCUCUUACCCUCCAAUUUGUGGGUAGUAACUGCCUUCGGGUCUGUGACACCUGAACUUCCUCCUACAUCCUCUGAAUGGAUGCUUUCCAGCUUUGGGCUGAGAAGGAGGCAGGUGGACCCUGACUUAGGAAGGGCGAGAGGGAGUAAAAAUGAAAUGAGAUUUCCUUCCCUGUCGAAAUGCAUUAGAGCAUAUUUGUUUGAGAAAGGCCUGAAGUCUAUCUAUAUUUUGUUAUGAAUUGAAUCAUACGUCUUUCAGAGGAUUCUGUGAUCUUCCCUCCAUAAUGGAGAGAUAAGAAUAUUUCCAUGUAUCCUGAGAUUGUUAAUGCAAAUAUUUGAGCACUCAGUACUAUUUUGGGUGAUGGACAUAAAGCAAUGAGCAAAAUGGGUGAAAUCCUUGCCUUCCUAGAGCUUACAUUCUAGUGGGGCAUACAGAUGGUGGCCUAAGUAAGUAAAUAAAUGAGGUGGUGGCUGGGCGCCUGAGUGGCUCAGUUGGUUAAGUGUCCAACUCUCGAUUUUGGCUCAGGUCAUGAUCUCAUGGUUCGUGAGUUCGAACCCCACAUCAUGCUCUGCACUGACAGUGUAGAGACUGCUAGAGAUUCUCCCCCUCUCUUUCUUUCUCUGCCUCUCCCCACUCUUUCUCUCUCUCUCUCAAAAAUAAAUAAACAUUAAAAAAAAUGAGAUGGUGGUAAAUGAAGGCAACCAAAGCAGGGAGUUGGGACAGGGGAUGUUGGGGGAAGACAGUUUAAAAUAAGGUGGCCACUGAAAAGUGUCAUUUGAGGGUCAUCUGGGAGAAGCAGAUUCAAGGCAGAGGGAGUAGCAAGUGCGAAUCAUGAGUGAUGCUUUGAAGGGUGGCAAGAAGGCCAGUGUGGCUGGAGCAGGGGAAGACAGAGGGAGAGUCGUAUGAGGACUUUGGCUUCUCUUUGGUAUUGGGAACCCACUGGAGGAUGUUUAUAGUGUCACCCUGGCUACUGAGUUGAGAGUAAAUGGAGAAAAGCAGGGGCCAAAUAGGGAACAAGUAAGGAGGCAGUGGGUGGGAGCAGGGUGGUAAUUGUAAAGGUUGUAAGAAGUGACUGGAUUUUGAAUACAUUUCAUAGAUAAGGAUGACAGCAUUUGCAAAGAAAUUGGAAGUAGGGUCUGACAACAAGAGGCAUCAUGGGUGACUCUAAGGUUUUUGGCUCGAACAUGUAGAAGAAUGGGAUUGUUAAGAUGGUGAGAGAGUGGAGGUGGGUGUGUGUGGGCUCAGUUUUGCCCUUGGUUGGCUUGAGAUGCUGAUUUGACAUCCAGGUAGAAAUGUCCAAUAGGCCGGGGCAUUGUUGGGCCUGCCCCUGUUGGACCUCCAUCCAGGGAGGAGAUUAGGAAACUGUCUAGAGGGUCUUGUUGGGAACUGGAUGGCAAACUGGUUGAUCCAUAGGCACAGGGAACUAUCUCUGGGCUGUGCCAUUGAGUUUAAUAAAAAAAAAAUCAUUUAAAAAAGCAUGUUUGGAUUCAAUUCAAGAAAUAUAUACUAGCAUCAACUAUAUGCCAGGCAACAUGGUAGGUGCUGGUUGUAAUACAAGAGUAGGACUGAGAUGGUUUUUGCCCUUUGGAGCUUAGAGUCAAUGGAGAAAACUGUGUAAAGCACGCAUUUUUAUUAGAACAAUGGUAAAUCCACAACUAAUAUGAGAAUAGAUCCUAUAUCUUGAUGAAUAAAUUAAAACACUUACUCAUGACACUCUAUUUCCAUUGUCAUGAUAAAGCAAGAAAAUUGGAAAAUGUAGUUUUCCAAAUGGAAGUUUUUUUGCUUAGAAAUUUGAUUUGGAAGUCCUUGUGACCAAGUGCCGGUAUAAGUGACCGCUGAACAAUGCUAAACAUUUUCCCAUGACCAAGCACUUACAUAGGAGGCCCGUGGUUGUAUAGAUUAUAUAAGUCAUCCCUGGCAGGGAAGUUUUGUUUUUAAAAACUGCUACACUCAUGCAUGCUAUUCAAGUUUUACUUAUUUUAACCUCAAAAGUGGAUGAGAAACUUUUGCCAAAGUGGCAGCAAAGGUUACAAAAAUUCUGAUACGAAUAUGACACCGGUGGGCCUGGAACAUUGUGGCCUGGUUGCCCUAUUGUCUGACAUCAUUUACUCACCUGGUAGUCUUUACCAUUUUGGUCUUUGUGUCCCAUGAACUGGGAAAUUGGAUUGGGGUAGGGAGUUGGGUGGUUUUCUCUGUCUUGGCAUCAGAUCAUGUCUUUCCUUAUUUUGGACAAUAUCCCAGGUGAUUCAGGGGUGUCUUGGAAAAUGUACUCCUGACCCUAAGUCUUGGAGGGUUGGGAAGGAUACAUCUAAAGUGGCUCCUUGUCUAGCAUGGAAACUCUGUGAAGGUGUCAAUUUUGUCUUGUUUACCACUGAUUCUCCAGCACCUGACUCAGUGCCUGGCACAAAGUAGGUGAUUGACAAGUAUUUGUUGAAUGAAUAAAUGAAAGGUGCCUCCCACCCCACGGUCAAGCUGUUCUGUCUCUAGAGCGAACAGAAUCUGAUGGUAGUUGACUUUGAACAGUGGUGUGUGGGAGUAUUUCUCAGGCCCAUACCUUCUGUCCUCUGGCAAGGGUAAGGUCAGAUAGAAUGGCCUGGGCACCUGAAUAUACCAGCAGACUUGAUGCGUGAUUCUAGAAGGUUUUGGGGAAUGGUGUGGGGGUGGAAGGAAGCCACAGAGGACAAACGAAGUUAGACUAUGAUAGUCAAAGGGAAGAGUUAGCCAAAGACGGGGAAAUGCUCAGGCAAAAAGGGUUGCCAGCUGGGGGCUUACCUUAGCUUUUGGGAAAUAUCCCUACCCUCCCACACCGGGAUUUAUUUAUUUUGAAAUAAAUCCCAGACAUCAUUUAUUUUAUCUGUAAAAAUUUCAGUAUGUACCUGUAAAAAUAAAGAUUCUUUUAGAAAAUACAGUUACAAUCUCAUCCGAGUUAAAAAAAUUUCUUUUAAUGUUUAUUUAUUUUUGAGAGAAAGAGAGACAGAGCCUGAGCAGGGGAGGGGCAGAGAAAGGAGGAGACACAGAAUCUGAAGCAGGCUCCAGGCUCUGAGCUGUCAGCACGGAGCCCAAUGCGGGGCUUGAACCCAGGAACUCGAGAUCAUGACCUGAGCCGAAGUUGGACGCUUAACUGACUGAGCCACCCAGGCACCCCAACAAUUUAUUAAUAUUAUAAAAUAUCCAGUUAGUGAUGAAAUACAUUUCUUUCUUUAUACACACACACACACACACACACACACACACAAACACACACUUAUAUAUUAUUGUUUUAGCAGUAUUUAAAAAAUGACUUCAUUGGUUUAAUGGAAAUGUAUAUUUGUUACUAAAAAUUCAAGCAACACAAAAAAAAUAACAAGGUGAGAGCAAAAAUGGACCAAAUCCAUUAGAUGAACUUCAUUUCAGAUACCUUUCCAUGCGUAUGUUCACACAGAACAAAGAGAAGAUGGGUAUAAAUGCUGUCACAAAUACUUCUUUAUAUUAAAAGAAUUGCUAAGUGUUAUUUUAGAGCUGAAAGGGCACCUAAGACUUUUAUAUAGCAGAUCCCUGGAGGGCAGGGCCAUUCCUCAGUUGUGUUUAUACACCCACCUCCCCAUCUUUGUGCCCCAGGUGGUCCAUAACUAUGGUUUGAAUGGAAGGGGUCCUUAAGAAAUCACUCAGCUGUCUUGUGGAAUAGGAUGGCCCAUGAGUUGAAAUCACUUGCUGAGGUCCGACAGCUAGUGAGGGCACAUGUUGGGCUGGGCAUCCUGUUUCCUUGCUCUUUCUCCAGCCUGGGAUUGAGCUGUGGAGCAAAGUGGGGCCGUGCACCAGCUUGGAGUCAGACGCCCCUGGGCUUGGUUCCGCUCUGGAUCUUUUCCCAUGACUUAGUUGCGGUGUGACGUCUCUUACCCACGCAGCUUUCCUACCUCAGAGGGCUGUUACGAAGAGUCAGUGAGAUAAUGCUUAAAAAGCUUAUGGCAUAGUUCCUGGCGUGUACCAGGUGCCAAACAAACAUUAACUGUGGUUGUUAUCAUUAUUUGUGUCGUAACGGCAGCAGCAGUACCAAUAGCAUGAUUCUUUUCUUAUUCUGCUGGAAAUGUCAACUGGAACUCAAAGGAAGCCCAACCCUCCCCCUCUUCCCUUCCCCCUCCGCUCAGGUUCAGAUGGAACCCAGUUUAUAACUUUGACUUUCGCUUCAUUCCUGCCAUUGGGAAGGAGAGAUUAUUACAUGUGGGAAUCCUUUUCCUGUAUUGCGCCAGUUUCUGGUUGGCGGAUUAUGUUUAGUGGUCAAGGUUCAUGUGUCUUCUGCCUAUACGUAGUUCAGCGGUGCUGCCUUAACAAGAGCUUUGCAAAUAAUUAUUCUAAGCUCUUCAAAUAGAAACCUCGGGCAAAGGGCUGGGUGCAAGACGUCUGGCCUUCGGUCUGCUGAGUUAGCAGCUCUUUCAGGGCCCUCCUCCAGGCCCUGGGUCUGUCAGGUCACUAAUGGAAUCUGCUGGAAGCAAAUUAACUCACGAAAAAAGGGCUAACAAAUCACUCCAGCUGUUGGUGUCUGCCCCAGGAUGGCUGGCACUCUCCUGUCCUCACACUCGGGGACCAGUUCUACAAGGAGGCCAUCGAGCACUGCCGAAGCUAUAACUCGAGGCUGUGUGCAGAGCGCAGCGUGCGUCUCCCUUUCCUGGACUCGCAGACCGGUGUGGCCCAGAACAACUGCUACAUCUGGAUGGAGAAGAGGCACCGUGGCCCAGGCCUCGCUCCGGGCCAGCUAUACACAUACCCUGCUCGUUGUUGGCGUAAGAAGAGACGAUUGCACCCACCUGAGGAUCCAAAGCUUCGGCUGCUGGAAAUAAAACCUGAAGUGGAGCUGCCCCUGAAAAAGGAUGGCUUCACCUCAGAAAGCACCACACUGGAAGCCUUGCUCCGUGGUGAGGGUGUUGAGAAGAAGGUGGAUGCCAGAGAAGAGGAGAGCAUUCAGGAAAUACAGAGGGUUUUGGAAAAUGAUGAAAAUGUAGAAGAAGGAAAUGAAGAAGAAGAUUUAGAAGAGGAUAUUCCCAAGCGAAAGAAUAGGACCAGAGGACGGGCCCGUGGCUCUGCAGGUGGCAGGAGGAGGCACGACGCCGCCUCUCAGGAAGACCAUGACAAACCUUACGUCUGUGACAUCUGUGGCAAGCGCUACAAGAACCGGCCAGGACUCAGCUACCACUACGCUCACACUCACCUGGCCAGUGAGGAGGGGGAUGAGGCUCAAGACCAGGAGACCCGGUCCCCGCCUAACCACAGAAAUGAGAACCACAGACCCCAGAAAGGACCGGAUGGGACAGUCAUUCCCAACAACUACUGUGACUUCUGCUUGGGGGGCUCUAACAUGAACAAGAAGAGCGGGCGGCCUGAGGAGCUGGUAUCCUGUGCGGACUGUGGACGCUCUGGUCACCCAACCUGCCUGCAGUUCACCCUGAACAUGACCGAGGCUGUCAAGACCUACAAGUGGCAGUGCAUAGAGUGCAAAUCCUGCAUCCUUUGUGGGACCUCGGAGAAUGAUGACCAGCUACUCUUCUGCGAUGACUGUGACCGUGGCUAUCACAUGUACUGUUUAAAUCCCCCGGUGGCUGAGCCCCCAGAAGGAAGCUGGAGCUGCCACCUGUGCUGGGAACUGCUCAAAGAAAAGGCCUCAGCCUUUGGCUGCCAAGCCUAGGGCCCCAGGUUGCUGGAGAGGCUGAGGCGGAGCCCAGCUCAAACCAGAUCAAGCCCCCGCUCCCAUGUAUCCAGACAGACCAACUGUAAGGAAAACCUGUGGUCACAGAGGGCAUGGCCACGUAGAACCAAGAGGGUGAGGUGUCUGCUUACCUCCUACACACAGGUUCCGGUACUUCAGCCGUUCCCUCCUUGUUUCUACCAGAAGGAUCUUGCACUUUGGGAGAACACCCCUAGCCCCGGCCCUGUGGAACCCCGUCACAUUUACCCCAGCACUGAGGCCCUCUCACUGGCUCCCAUUUUAAGGGAAGCUUGUUUUGUGACCACCUAUCAGUCAUUCACGUGUAGUUUGGUGUUUUCUAUCUAUUGUGUUCCAAGAAAUCCUCACACAGCCUCCCGCCUCCUGCUUCGGCUCUUCAUCCUGAACUCAGCAGAGGAACAAAGGGCUGGGGAGAAGUUGUUAUUUAUUACAAGCCUCCCUGGAAACUUCUAGACUCCGCGUCGGGAGGCCGUCUUGACGAUGAAAAUCCUUUUUUGUUCCUUGGUCUCUGUGAAGAAAAAAAGCAGUUUUCUGGACCCCCAGCAGAUACCUAGUGGUGUCUACAGCCAGGGUGGUCUCUUGAUGGGGCUGGGGGGUGGGGAGGGUACUAGAAAUGCUGAGGAGUGGGCAGACACAUUGGGAGGAAAAUUCUGAGGCCCCGCCACAGCCCGUCAGUAUUUGUUAUCCAUCGGGAGAUCCUUUGCAAAGGAUCAGGCUUUGCAGUUCCUUGACCUUCUCAAGGGCAUCCUUGAGGUGAGACAAGCCACAGCCAGUGGCAGGGGACAUGCUAAGGCUCUGCCUCCCAGCCAGCCUGGGUCUGGAGCUUUCCCUGGGACUAAAGAGCCAGGAAAGUGCGUGCGGGCUGCCCAGAAUCUAAACAUUGGUACAAAGGACUGCAGCUCUGAGCAACCUUUCAGUAUUGAUGUGGCACCACGAAUUCCUUUUCCCAAGUAAUUUCUUCCUUCCACCCCGUGCAUGUUUGCCACUAUCUCCUGAUACCCGACUCUGGAGAUUUCAGGAUGGGGAAGAGAUGAUUGUCACCUAAACAAAUAACCGGGUCGGGGGCGGGGGGGAUGUGAUUAUUUACGAUCACGGUGGCAGCGACGCAGAAUCCUCAGCUCGAGCGCUGCUCUUGUCCCCGAAGCUCCCCGGUACAUGCUGGACUCUGGCUUUUUUUUUUUUUUUUUUUAAAUGUUUUGAGAAGAAAGAGGUGGGAGGCUGAGCUUCCGAGAAAUCUGUGUUGGAAGUCAGCCCCGAGGGCUGGAGCGGAUCGGGCUGUCUUUGAAUCUCGGUAGCAGUGGCAACGGCAGCAGCACACAAUAACUGACACAUUUCUGGAAAAAUCAUUUGCCCAAAGGGCAGGUCUCGGUGAGUGGGACCCUCGCGCAUGCUCGGCUUCCCUGAAAUCAGCCCCAUCUCUGUGGUCCGGCUGCGUACAACAAAGGCCGAGGUUAUUUUUAGUCCUUCAGCUCCUGAAGAAGGCCCUGGAGACUUGGGCUAGUUGGGCCACUUCUGCCCGGCAGAAGUGUUCGCUCCUCGACUUGGCAAGAGCCUCCCUCCCGGGCUAAUUGCUCUUGGCCAGUGGACCCGGACAGCCUGGCAGAGUGACCUGUGGCAGGAGAUGGGGGUCACUCUCCUGCAGGGGCCCAUGGCCUCUGAGUGAGCUCUGUGUAUACAUAAUGAUCUUGUUUAAAGUGUCCUGUCCAGAUGGGAUUUGCAUCUUCCUCAUAAGAUACUUCCUUCCCCCUGCUGUUUGGCGAACCUGUUUUUGGAUGCUGGAGGUCCAGGGAGGGUUUCGAAAGCUGCUGUGUUUUCACGUCAUCUGUUACCCAGACGGGUCACACCAGAGGGGCAGAUGUCCUCUCCCGACUGCUCCGGCUCUCUGUCCUCCCACAAAAGCCAAAGUGGGGUGUCCUCAAAGGCUGACGAUUGGUUUUGAAAAUCACUUUGACUUAAUUUUAGAGAAAAAAAGUUACCAGAAUGUUCCCAAAUGCCGCAGUGGCUUUCAUGUUUAAAAAGGAAGUCCGAAACCCCAAAGUGUGGCCCUGCUACUUGACAGGUCCUCUUUGGAGUAUGUGUGCACAUGUUCCCCACCUCAACACAGAUGAUGGGGUGGCCCUGUUCUACCUCCAGCCCCACCUGCUGCCCACGGAAGCUAUGAGGAGGAAUUGAAUCUUGCAAGGCCAGCUGCUAUAAUCCUGCAGUGGAGGGACCGGGGAGUGCUCAGAGCUCUAGAAAGGACACUAGGAGGGUCCAGGGUUCCCUUCCCAGUUUCAUGCCCUCUAGGCUGGGUCCAACCUUGUCCUCUUUGGAGAUCUCAGUUUCCCCAUCUGGAAAGUGGGGAUAGCAAAGCCAGUUCGUGGGAUGGCACUUCCAGGGUACUGCAAGAAGACAGAAUCUCCAGAGUCACAUUUAUCACUUGCUGUACUGAAACAGAGAAAGUGGUGGUAAACUUCAAAUUGGUCUUUCUUUGAGCCCCAGAGGACGAGCUAGAAUCAUGGGAUACACGUUGAUGAUCAGGGUUUUAGUUUUGUCUUUGCUACUCAGUAGCUGUGUGGCCUUGGGCAAGUCACUUAACGUCUCUGAACCUGUUUGCUCACCUAUGAAAAAGAGAUAAUAAUACUUUCCCUGCCUGCUCCACAGUGACAAUGGGAGACCCAAAAGGCAUAAUGUUAUAUAGAUAACCACUGGAAAGCAGCGCUUUCCAAGGAGGGAUCCGAAAUGACUUGUAUGCCCCCUUCUCGUGUGAAUUAGCCAAGGUUAGAUGCCUUCUCAGAAUCUCCCUUUUGACCAAAAUGGGUUUAUGUUUUAGGGGCUAGGCUGCCUGUGGUCAGGGCCAGUCGGCCGAAGCUGUGACAAGGAAACCGGGACCGUGCGUGGGUCUCCUGUUGGUGGGGGUGAGGGAUUUACCCUGGGGUUGGGGAUUUCAGAAUGAAGAUACUUGAGAUACUCCUUUCUUCAAGAUCAUCGUGGCCUAGAACGGGGCGCCGACUCCGGGAGAGGGCCGUAAUUCAGUUCCGUGUGGCAUUCGCUUAAAAACUGGUUUAAAGCCCAGCUCUGCUACUUUCUAGCUGGUUGACCUUGGGCAAGUGACUUUGCCCUUCUGAGGCUCAUUUUCCACAUCUGGGAGGUAGGGAGAUGUGGCCUAUCCAGCACGGCUGUUGCAGGGAUUAGCAGUUUUGCUGGCGAAGAUCCUGGCUCGGGGCCUGGCACGAUGGAGGCCCCCACCCUGUGGCAUCUCGUCACUGGGUAUACCAAGGGGAGAUAAUGAUGCUCUUGGCUGCCAGCCAGAUCCCUGGAACAGCCCGAGUGCCUUUGCUCCACUUCACCCUGAUACCGUGGCUCUAGCUGGCCAGAGAGGAGGUGAGGCUACACGAUCCAAGCCGGAAGUUGAAACCCUAUGUUUCUGAAACACUGCUUAUUGGGCCUGCAGCAAAUCCAGCGCGGGCAAUGGCGAUGAGGAAAUCCAGACAAGGCCUCUGUUAGGAGAUUUACAUCCUGAUUUCCUUCUAACCCCCCCCCCCCCCCCCCCCCCACGGACUCAGAGCACCUGGAGCAGGAUCCCAAGGCCUCCUGUCAUUGCUCCAGGGCCAGGUGGGAAGUCCAGGCAGGCGGUGAGGAGUGGUGGCUUCCCAGGGGGGCCAGCUCAGAUGUGUGGCUGGAAGUACGGUGUGUGAGCCGUGGGUGAGAAGGAGGGAGGCCAGAUUCCUCCCGAGCUGGAGAAGAUAACAGGUUUUAAGGUUGGGGGAGGGUUUGGAUUUCACAGUGAUGGUUUCAUGAUACCCUGGAGACUUACACUCAUGGUGCAUUUUAGGCGUUGUGCUUUGAACACAGCACGAGAUUCCUUUCGGCCCUCCCCUUUAAAAGUUCAGAUAUUUUAAGAAAGAAAAAUGGGAUGAUUAUUAUUACUCUUCCUAUUGGGGGCAAGUUUAGGAGACAGACCUGUGCUCUUGAAGAAAGACUGCCGGCAACUUCAGGCUUUAGACUCAGAGAAGAGGGGCCCCUGGUUUGCUCUCUGAGUCUGUGUUUGUGGGGGGGUGCAGGGAGCCCCAGGGACCACCUUUCCUGUCCCUGGGCUGGUUCUCAGCCUGUUACCAAUGGGAGGACCCAGGCCCUCCCCUGCUGCCCACCACAGGCCCCUCCCUCCCCAGGAUGUGCCUAUGUCACACCCCAAGGAAAUGGUGGCUCCCUGGGCCAGAGUCAUGCUCACACUCCCAGGGAAGAUGCCCAACGUGCCACACCGGGCUCCUUAUCGGAGCUGUGCUUUGGUGUCUCCUGUGGUGGGUUCGUAUCCCUGUAGUGGUGUCACCUGUAGAGAGGGAGGGGGGAAGGGGGCCUAGAGGAAGGAGGUGGGGAGGGUCAAAGGUCUUUCAGGUUCCGCAAAGCACAAUGAAGGCAGGGGAGGGUCCUUGAGGAGGGGACCAGAAACCUGAUUUCCACUUAGAAGUCCCGGAGCUAAAUGGCUAGAGGGUGUGGGCCGGGGAGGCCAGAGUGCUGCCACCAGCUCGGGUGCCUUGAAUGUGGGAGGACGAAUGGAGCCCUUAGACACACGGACCGGGGGGCCUUCCUCUGAGCAUCUCAGCAGCUGCUCCUGGGAAGGCCUGGCCCCCUCUCCAUGCUCCUAGCCCGGGCUGCUGCGAAGAGACGCCCCAAAGGAAGCACCUCAGGAAGCAGGGAUGGGGAGGGGUCUGGGCCUUGCCUGGGCCUCAUCCAGCUGGUCUCCCAGAAUGAACAGGGGGCUCCCCGUGGGAGGGAAAAGAUCUGGAAGUCGGUGGGUUCCCAGGGAAGGCUCUGAGCGAGCCCUGGCUGUGUGUCCCUGCAGACAGCUGAGACCUGAGGUGACUCCCCAGGGUCCUGGGUGGCUGUGCUGCGGUGGGGGCAACAGGAGUCAGAGGGUACAGGAAUGCCCCUCGGUCAGUCUCUGUGUUCCCAGCUGCCUCCCUUUCUUUGCUCCGGUGCCUUGAAAGAGGGUCACUCCAGGGUUUCCCCCCUCUUUGGCCCCACCAAGAGAAGGAAACAUUUGUGCUGAUGGUGACAUUUCCCAGGGCAGGCCAGAGGAAGGCAGGAACCGGGACUGGCUGGCAGCCAGAACCCUCUUCGGCAGAGAUAUAAAUACUAAUAAUGACCUCUAGCCCAGGCAGCGAGCAAAGUGGCCAUUCAGGACGGCACCGACCCAGUCUGGCACAUAAACACUGCUGCGGUGGGAAGAGGAGAGUGGGUGAACAGUCCCUGUAGGACAUGGGGGAGGCCCUUGAGCCCCUCUAUUUUCCCUCAGCAACAUCCCCACAUUAUGUUUAUGCCACUGCGUCCUGUCUGGCUGCCUCUCUGCAUCUCUAUUAUUUCUAUCAAUGUUAUUAAUAUUGAUGAUGAAAACAGGGACACACAAAAAACACACACCCUCCCUUAACAAACUAAAAGUGAACCUAUGUGUGGCUCCAGGACAAGAGGGAGAGCCUGUUUGUCCAAGGAGUGGGGGAGGGGGCGCUCUUUCCCUGAGGUCCAGCCAGGCCCACCCCUGCUUCCGGCCCCUGCACACCGCAGGGGGUGAGUCUUGUUCUUGGAGGGUCACUGGCCCAUGGACUCUUUUCCCUCUUCCCUCACUCACCUCUGCUUCUCUGGGGGACACGUUUGGCAAUGGUUGUGGACUCCAUUCUGCUUUCUGUCAAAGGGAUUCACAGAUUUUAUGGGCUGGAGUUGGGAUUGUGGUUCUUAUUGACCUUGCCCUUCCACGUUUACUCCCCCCACCCCACCGCACCCCAGACCUUGGUUCUCCUCUUGCAGGGCCUGCCUCCUCCCUUCCUGCCCUUGCCCCUCCCUGCCCUCCUGCCAAGCUAGAUGCUGAAGGGUGGGAUGGUGGCAGGAAGAAGAAGAAAAUAUACCCCCUGCACAUUUUCAACAUGUAGUUGAAAAGGCCUAAAUUAGGUACUGGGGGGGGGGGGGGAAGGAAAGACACAUUGCGAGAUAAUAUGUGAGUGAGAGCAUGAAAAUACAGCACGGUUAUCUCAGAGCGGAGGAGGUGGCAGGGCAGGUGGCGGGAGAGGCGGGGUAGGGAGGCAGAGAGCCCUGGCUUCCCGACGCAUCUGGUCCAUCAGUGUGCCAUUUGGGAAAGCAGGGAAGUCACGCCGUGGCAGUAAAUGGUCAGAUGCCCAGGGAGCCUUUGUGCCUCUGGCUGGGAAGAGGAGGGAUGUCCAUUCUGGCUGCUCGUCGUUUAUCUGCCGCGUUUGCCCAGGGGGCAUUCGUGCUCGGAUGGAAGAUGUGCACGUUUCUUGCCCACCGUGAGGGAUUGCCAGGCAGGCUGGUACGGGCUGAGACACUUGGCAGGGCACCCGUUCUGUGCAGGGCAGCCCGCAAAGCCCUAGAACGGCUGGGAAAAAACGAACCACAUCCUGGCCCAGGCUUCGACCUGCUUUUCAGCUCUAAAAUCACACUCGGUCUCAGCCCUCUGACCACACGCCAGGUAGCCUACCAUCAGGGAAGGUGUGUGCGUAUCUAGGUCUCUUUCCUUGUGUUCAUGCAUAUUCAUCCACAGAAGAGGAGCAGGCUAAGUAUUCAGUUGUUCCCACCUUCUGGGAGUUUGGGCGAGGUGGGGCGGGGGAGGGGAAGAACACGGUCGACCUCAGCCUAGUUGCCAGUGUCCGUCUGCCCAAGCACUGGCUGCUGCCCUUGGAAGGUGACCCUGAGCCUCCGUGAUGAUGAAGGCACCUGGGUUGGCGUGUGCCGAGCGGCCAGAGGACCGGAGGCUGUGCCUCCAAAUCCUGCCUUGGCCUCCUGGGGUGGCGGGCAGGGAGGUGCAAUUGGCAGGGCCUGAUGAGAGCUGGACAGUGACACUCACAACAGCCUUGCCCAGUCCCCACUGGAAAGAGCAGGGGGGCAUGGUGGGAGGAGGGCCUCACGCUCAGACCGGGUGGACGCCCACGGAGACCCCCGCCAGCCUGUCUCGGCCUCCUGUGCGGUUCUGGCAUGGCAGCGGGAGGCAGGCGUCGGGGAGAGGCCCGGCGCUGGAGGCGUUUCCAGGAAACCCCCUCUGCCCACCUUUGGCCAGGUGCUCAUCGGCUCCUGACUUCGUGCUUCACUGGACUCCCUGUUGUCUGAAUUGACAGCAUCAGGAAUACACCAUUUGUUCCAUCCCCCCCUUUCCUCUGCACAUGUGACAGCCGGAUUUCAGCUGCUCACCGUUAUUCCCCGAAGCAGCCGCACUGAGCUCGCUUUCAAGCUGGAUGCCCGGGCUUGGGCGAAGUCACGUUAUCUGCCCUCGCGUGGGCCUUAGCGCAGAGCUGGCCUAACGCAGCCUUCGGCCUCUCUGCUGGAGACUCCCUGAGAAGGCUCUUUGGGGUCCCUGGCCAGCACAUGGCUGUGAGAGGGCAGAAUUUUGGGACCUCUGGCUUCCGUGAUGCCUGGCUGCGAGACUGGUUUUGAAGCGUUUGAGAACCUGAAAUGCUCUCUGGGGUCUGACCCACUGCCCACGUGAAAGCCGGUGGUUCUUUUGAACCAAGCCUCCUUUGAAUGACCCGGAUUCCCCCCCGGUCUCCCGUGCUGGUGGCAGCAGAGUGGGGUGGGUCCUCUGACUUGGAUACGAUCCGGGCCAGACUGGCCGCACCGCACCCAGGCAGAGGCCUCAGACUCUGAGCCCACUGGCCCCCUCAGCUGCCUGCGGAUGGACCUGGGAGUGGGAGAGCUCUGCUGGCCCCGCGGGCUGAGCUCGGAGAGGGUCUUCCCUCCCACCUCCACGCGAGCAGACUCUCAGGCUGCGAACACAGUCUGCUCAUACGCCCUCCCAGCCGGAUGUGGACACCCUGGGCCAAUCAGGAAAUGGACACCUGAGGGAGAGACUGGCCAGUCCGCGUCACACGGUGCAAUGGUGCAAGAGCCCGUCCUCAAGUAGGUCUGCCCCCCCCCCCCCCACGACGUGUUUGGGCUGAGGGCGAUCUUAAAGCCCGGUUUUGCAAACAUUCCCUUUUGAGAGCCAAGAGAUGGAGCAUCUGUGCCCAGAAGCCAAGAGAAAUGGCUUUUCCUCUUCCAGUCGCCUGAUGCCCCACUGUGUUCCUCGCCAGGAGGAGGCUGGUUCUGGUGGCUGGGGUGGGGGCUGCCCCCGCAUAUGAACCCCUCGAGUUCCAGGUGGGCUGGGGUAGAAAGGGUGAAGGGGUCCCUUAGGAGGAGGUGCCUGCCUGAGUGCCGUGUGAGGAAGCUCAUGCCUGUGCGGGUUCUGGGAAGGGCGUGGAAGCCAUCUGGUUGACUCAGAGUUGGAGAAGUCUGGGAAGGGGGUCAGUUUAAGUCCUCACUGCGCUGUCUCAGCUGGUGAGUAGACCCCGGGUGCCUCGCAGCCUCAGGAAUUUAUUGCCCCCAGGCUGCUUUGGCUGUAUUUGCAAAGGGUACCCCUGGAAAUGCGCCGGCGAUCUCCUAUUGCUGUGUCUCCAUGUACGUCUCUGGACGUGAAGACGUGAUGCAAACUUGAGGUCACCUUCUCCCAGGUGGGGGCACAAGAGAGGGAAGCCCCUUUCCACGGUGCACCCCCAUCAUUCCAAAGUGCUUUCUUGUCUCUUGUACUCUCUCACUGCUCCCCACCUCAGCUCUUUCUGAAACUCGUAGCCAUCAAAGAACGGCCGAGAGAGCUGGCCUUGGUGAGCUCUAAUGAGAUGCCUGCUAAUGAGGGUCUUCCUUUUAUGCUCCCUUGGACUCCCUCCCCCUGUCCCCCCACCCCCGGACCUAAGGUUCCAGCAUCACAUUACCUUCCGUUGACUGGACAACUGAGGGGCUUUUCCUUGAGCUGCUUGGGUGCUUCGGAAAGUGUCCAGGACUGGGGCUGGCACAGUUUCCGUGAGGUUAGAGAGAAGGGCUACCGGCUUAGGAAGUCGGAUGUAAUGGUCUGAGCUAGAGAUCCCCACUGGCUCCUCUGAAAAGCAACCGCGGCAACAGACACAUGAAAUCUCCCACGCCCACCCCCUGACCCUUUCGGGUGUGACGUGAUGUAGUGUCAGUGUGUAGGGGUGUGUGUGCCACUCUUCUCCUGUCUUCUGGGGUGCUCCUUUCCCCUGAGUGUCAAGUCCCCCCCUCUUCCGUGGCUCCCGAAGUGAAGAGUGCUGUGGUGUUUCUGCCCUCUCUUAGGGAUGUAUCGGGAUCCCUCGUGUCUCGGUAUUGGAGGUGAGGCCGUGCCACGCCUCCCACUGUCCUCAGGGGACACGCAGGCUCUGUGACUUCCCAGACAGCUGGUGUAUGUGACAGUCUCCAGGAGGAUCUCCAGGUUGCAAACAGCCCACAUCCCGAUUUAGGCUCGCAGGAGGCAGAGGGGACUGCUUUGCUCAGGAAGGCUGCCUGGAGGGGCUCUCAGUGAACCAGGGCCCCUCCGUCUCUUCCUGCCUUUGCUUCUGUCCUGACCAGGUUCUGGGAGGAGGGCCUUGGAGAGGUCACCACCCGGAGCCAGCAUAACGUGGGCAUCAAGCAGUCUUGGGGACCCUGGACGUCCCAGUCCCUCUGCGGAGCCCUUGCACGUUCACAAAGACUGAGUCACAGGCCCCGUCCCUUCUUUGCUGUGGUUAGUAUCUUGUUCUGUGGUUGGUUAGCAGUGUUGAUGACCUAUGUAGCGAAUCUUUUUUGUCUGCAAUUUAGAGAAUGUGUAAACAAAUAAAAGGCUUUGAAACUCUU